AUGUCAAUAAUUCCUGAAAUCGCUAUCAAACCUAGAUUCCCGCCAACUUUAACAACACAAGUUCUCCUCGAAAAAUUACGUGAAAACAACAAACCAAACUCAAUAACACCAAACGCAUUUAUUGUGUAUAGAAUGGAAUUAAUUGAAGAGAAUCUCCGCAACAAUAUUAAAUUACAUAUGUGCACAGCAUCCACUUUCGCAAGUAAAUAUUGGGGAAAAGAAUCUAUAGCAACAAAAGAGUUUUACCAAAAACUAGCAGAUGAUGCUAAAGCUUUGUAUAAACCAAUAUCGUAUAAAUUCAUUAUGGAUAAACAUACUGAGAUCAAAAAUAAUCAAGGAAACGGAAAAGUUUUACCUUCGCGGGCGACAGGUGACGCAGACUCUGGUUAUCUUGAUCAAACCGAUCAAACCGGCACCCCUUUAAGUUCGACUAUUGGUCUUCCUAUUGAGGACCCUUCCGCUUCCCCCCAAUUUUACGAAGAUCCAGGCACAAGUUCAGCCGAUAAAGAACUAUUUCGCAUGCUUGAUUCGUAG